UUAAAAGAGGUGGAGGUAGUUUGGACAUUGUUGCCUUUUUAUGUGAUAUAGGCUAAUUCACCUCGUAGGAACAUUGUUGUAGUGCACAGAAUGGCUACUCGACCAGGGUGGUCGGUCGCCACCGCGAUUAACCCCCAGUUUACCCCUAGGCUCUAUAGAGGGAUAGGCUACGUAGCCUAUAUAAAAUACGAUUUAUUUUCCCCCGUUAGUGGACAAUGCAUUGGUGGUGUGCGCCUUUUGUCCAGCGACGAAACUUAUCUGCAAGAAAAGUUACUUAACUUGAUUAAUAGUAUCCCCAUCUGAAAGGAUCUAAUCGUUUCCAUCCUUCGGCUGCAAAUAUAUGCCUUGGGGAAACGGAAUGGGGGGUGGAGCACCCGUCUUUUGGAGUCCACUGUUUAAUGACCCAUUGUUCCCUGCAUGUUCCCUGCAUGGUCCUACAUUUAUGUUGUAUUUUACUUAGCAAGUGUUUAUACAUAUUCAUUCGUUGACUUUUAUUUUUCAAAUGAGUUCAUAACGGGAGCUGAUAGGACAUGUGAAUAGUUAUAUUUGUAUUAAAUACAUUUUCAUCUGAUAGUAUAGUAUCAUAUAUGACGUGAUUUAGAUAUAAGUUAUGAGGCACGUUUCUUUAGACUGUGGAGAUUUUCGUUGUCCUUGUGGGAACUAACGUUAGUUUAUAGGCAGGGAUGUACUAUGCUGCCAGAGGUGGGCGUGAUGCGUGUCCCACCACUCAAAUCACCUCCCGUACGGAGAAUCCGACCAUCCAACCGAUGUCAUCCCAAAUAAUAAUAAAAAGAGCGUUAGCUAUCCGUGAUGGCAACUAUUACGCAUGCUUAACAUUAGCCUAUUAUAGAGAAAAUGGGCUUUUGUAAAAAAUAAAAUAUAUAUUCAAACAAUACAUGUUUUUCUUUUGAAUGAAUGGGAUGUAACAGUUAUCUCCUUACGCCCAAUUUUCAGCCCUCUAUCUUUAAAAAAAGAAAGAUAUACAGGCUAGUAGCCUUUAGACUAUACUACACCAUCGACUCGCACACGGCCCACUGUUCUCAAUAGAACGCUCCUAUAAAAGAGGGUGAAAGAAAUUAAAGCAGCCGCCUCCCUCUCCUCCCAGCUUCCCCCCGCGUUCCUCUCCUCCGCCGCGGCCCAAACAAUAGGCGCAUAUGGAGAGGAAUACUAAUGCACACGAGGGACUCGGUGUGCCGACAGGCGAAUCAUGCACCUCGGCCGCCGCUUUGAAUGCACAACUGGAACACAUCACCCAAUAAGAUGUCAACGCAGAGCAAACUGGCUCCGCUUCGACGGUGAUGAGUGCGCUCCAGAGCUCCCCCUGGGGGCUGAUGCUGGCACUGGAACAGCAGGUGGGCGAGCUGAGAGUGGACACAGAUGAUGUCACCUAUGAGGGGACCCAAGGGGACAGUCGGCCCAGCUCAGGGCUCUAUGAGUCGAGUGAGAGCCAGUCUCCAAGGGGGCAUUCCUGUCACUCUGACUUCCUAGAGCCCCACCCUGGCUGGGGCUUCAGCAGCACAGAGAGGCCGAAGUCUCUGGGCUAUGCCCUCCAGCUGACAGGUGAGAGUCUGAUGGAGCCAGCCCCUCAUGCUACUGUUCCCCUCUCCUUCUCCGCCCCCUAUCCACACCUUGAGGGAAUCGCUGAGGAGGGUACGGCCGAGGAGCCCUGGCAGUGGGACCUACACUGUGCCCAGGGUUGGGAGGAUGAGGACCAGGCCACCCAGGAGGAUUUCCAGCAGGCCAUGAGGGUUAAAGGCUACAUCCUGGGUCUCAUCCAUCGCUACGCGCUCUCACCCCGGCCCUGCAUGCCUCGUACCAGCCUGGGGCCUGACCCCUCCACCCCCUACUCCUCCAGCAUAAACAGGCAGAGCAGCCUGCGAAGGAAACCUACUCUUCACACCUCCGAGCACUGCAUCUCUGACCCACAGGACCUCUACCCUGACCUUGAGUGCCAGGCCUGGUGGUGUGACUCGCUAGAAAGGGAGGAAUGGGGGGGAGAGGCCCCAUCCAUGGAGAAGGAUUGUUAUCGGUCUUUACCCUACCCCCACUUCAGACCCCACUCCCUGGCCGGGGGCCAUCCACCCUUUCUGGACCCCGUUUGUGGAGCUCUGGACCCUUGUUUUAGUAGUGCGCCUGAUUCCCCCAAGCACUACCCGCUGCCCCACUCCCCGGCUUCAUAUAACCACUUGGUCAGUGCCCAGUACAUCCCUGGGCAGGCCUGCCACACCCCUGUACGCUCCCCCUCACACUUUCCUCCAGAACGCUCCCCCUCACACUAUCUUCUAGAGCCCUCCAAACCCAGCCAAACCUUUGUGUCCCCAGACCAGAGCAGCUCAAAGCCCAGGGCCAUGGGGAAGAAAAGCCAUGAGGAGAGACAGAGCUCCAAAAAGCCUGGCCACAAGACAUGCCGCUCCCAGUCUGAGAACAGUCUGAUGGGGAAGAGGGCUCUCCCUAAGCGCAGGUACAGCACAGCCGAGCACCCCCAGCACCAGAGGGGCCAGGUCCCAUAUGCAGGCCCCCAGCAUAAGAACAAUGCUGGGGGGCGACGCUGGUGCUCCACCCUGGAGCUCAGUCAGGAGGAAGGGGAGACCCAGGGUGAGCAGACCCACAGACGCCCACCUCGUAGGGCCCGCCACACCCAGGCCUGCUCUCAUCCCAACCCCAACCACCACUCCCAGGUCCAUGCCCAGCCUUGCCUCUCAGAAUACCCAGAGAGAGCACCUCUGUGUUGGGGAGAGGAGGGCUAUGUGCGGGCCGCCCCUGGGGAGUCAGAGUCCAGCAUGAGUGAGGUGUACUCCCCUGCCUCCAGCUCUCUCUCCAGUGAUUCUGAUGAGGGGGGGCUGGUAUGGCCCCAGCAGCUGCCCCCUCGCCUGGCCCCCUCCGCUUCUUCCUCCCCUAAGGCCUCCCCAGAGGCCUCCUCACAGCCCAAAACCUUUGUCAAAAUCAAAGCCUCUCACGCCCUGAAGAAGAAGAUUCUGCGAUUCCGCGCCGGCUCUCUCAAAGUCAUGACCACAGUCUGAGACAUAUGUCACUGCUUCUACUGCCCAUAUCCUGCACAUUUUAAUCCUACAUAACCUACAGUUUACACCCUCUGUCUACCUCUGCUGGUUCAUGCAGCACUGUCAUAAAAAAACAAAUCAGCUACUUUACCUUUGGGAAAAACUAUGAUGUCUGUAACUGGCCUAAGAUCAGCAUGACGAUAUCAUCUAGCUAAACCACAUUUCAUCAUCAUCAGAAUGUGCAUUAACCAUCAACUUGUCUAAUGAAGUCCUCCUCUGAUGGUUACACUGCCAUGUCACAUAUUGACACCUGAACGUGAACUGCUACCUCUCUUCUCUUAGCUGCACCACCUUGCAGCCUUGACCUGAAGCCAAUGUCUGUAGCACUGGCCAUGUAGGGGGUGACUGCAGUGAGGGGUCAACACACACACACAUACACACACACACACACACACACUUCUGUAAAUACCUACCUGUGGCCUUGUUUGUAUGAAUGUAGUUUGUAAAUUAAAGUUUUGUGGUCUCUUAA